CGGUGUUGGUGGUGGCGGCGGUGCUGGCGGUGCGCUGUGGCCUUGUACUGGACAUUCAAGCAACCGAGCGUUUCUAAGAUCGCUCGUAUUGACCAUUUGAAAGAGAGGCUUGGAAGCUUUCGGUCAAAGAUACAAGCAACAUGUUUAAAAAGUUUGAUGAAAAGGAGCACGUGUCCGGCAUAACGCAGCUCAAGUCGUCCGUACAGAAGGCCAUAAAAGGCAGAAUCCUGGAACAAUUCCCUUCGUCUGAAAACUACAUCAACCAAAUACUUCCGAAAAAGGACCUUCUCCGGACCGUCAAGUGCCAUGACCACGUGGAGAUUCUCAUCAAUGGGGCCGGAGAGCUGCUGUUCUUCAGACAACGUGAGGGCCCAUACUUCCCCACACUGCGGCUGCUGCACAAGUACCCAUUCCUGUGCCCCUGGCUACAGGUGGACAAAGGAGCCAUCCGGUUUGUGCUCAGUGGUGCGAACAUUAUGUGCCCAGGUCUCACUUCACCUGGUGCCAAGAUGACCCGUGUCCCGAAGGGAACAGUUGUCGCGAUCAUGGCCGAAGGCAAGGAGCACUCACUGGCUGUUGGCUUUACAGUCAUGUCUACAGAUGACAUAGCCAGCAUCAACAAAGGCAUCGGAGUGGAGAACGUGCACUACCUCAAUGACGGCCUCUGGCACAUGAAACCGGUUAAGUAGCGACAAUAAAGAAAUUAGACGAGUUGAA